AUGCAUGUAAAAUCAAUUCUGAAAAGGACGCAGAGUGGCUCUAAAGCCAUAGAGUCUGAUCACGAUGAAACAGACAAUGAGAGUCUAAAACUUCCCGUCACUGCAUCAGUGACAAAUUCACAAAAACCUGCGUUGGAUCGUUCCCUUUCCACAGAAAGUCGUAGAUUACGAUGGGAUGAAGAAAAUCUGCGUCUAGCUGAAGCACAAAAAACUUCUACGAUGAAAAUCUCCGAACCAAAAACUCCAUUUCAACACACCCUAUUAUUAGAUGAUGAGGUUCCCGAUCUAAGCUUGGAUAAUUCUGAAACUGAGUUGGCAGAUGACCCGCUAUCUACUCAAUUACAAGUUCCUCCUAUUUCUCAGGAACAAAAGAACGACGAUACUAAGAAGGAUGCUGUGAAAACACCAGAUCCAUUUCCAGUACCCAGAGAUGGUCCAGUUCUUUCUCCGAAAAAGACGAGUUUUUCAUCAGAUUACCCUCAAGCUAGUACUUCAGAUGCGGAUCGAGCUGCUGAUGUAACGCGAAAAAGUACCACUCGAAACGCGAGGUUUUACUCUCCUCAAUCCUCUGAAAAUUCUCCGUACCUUGAGAAGCAGAUGAAUGAUUCGAAUCCGAAGGUGGUAGCUGUCCGCACCAGACAAAAUUCUCCUAUGAAGGAUUCCAAAGCUAGAACGCCUGGAAGAGAGGGCAUUGGAUUUGGUAUACCUCCAGCAACAGAAACAACGUCAGUAUUGCCAGAAGCUAUUAUAAUGGGAGAAGAAAAUGAAAGCAUGGAUGAAGGUGAUCCAAGCGCUCAUUCGUUUAAUCAAGGGCAGCAAAAAUCCAAAUUUGACGAGCUUCGUCGAAAGCAUUACUUCGCCAUGGCAAAUCCUUUGAAGAAAGAAAAUAAUGAAAGUAAAGGGUUGGAAAGUGAUAAUGAUGACCCUGUAGGAGAAGACCAAGCCAAUGCCGAAGAAUCUGACGUUGAAAUGGCCGAAGAUUGA